ACCGCACCUCCCCCAACAAAACCGACACGCUUACUUCACCGCUUUUUCAUAUCCACCGCCCAUCUUCACCUGCCCUAUAAAACCAGCCCUUUUUCCACUUUAAUUCUCUCACAAAUUCAACGCCGAAAAAACCUACAAAUCCUUUGAAACUCUGCCCCAAAUUCUUAUCCGAAAGGAAAAAGCUAUAGUUCCUUAGUGUUUUCAUGGCUCAAGGAGCAAUACCGAUAUCCAGCAGGAAAUGGCUAAAGAGGAAGAGCAAAAGAGGCUGAAAUACUUGGCAUUCGUGCAAGUAGCCGCCGUUCACGCCGUCUUGUCCUUCACCAGCCUUUACCUUUACGCUAAGGAAAGAUCGGGACCUUUGAAGCCUGGCGUCGAGACCGUCGAGGGGACGGUUAAGAGCGUGGUCCGACCGGUUUACGAUAAGUAUCAUGAUGUACCUGUUGAGCUACUUAAAUUCGUUGAUACCAAGGUUGAUGAAUCUGUCACCAAGCUUGAUGGUCGAGUCCCUCCAGUUAUCAAACAGAUGUCAACCAAAGUCUUCUCCGCCGCCCAAAAGGCUCCGGCGGUGGCUCAUGGCGUGGCAUCCGAUGUCCACCGUGACGGAGUGGUGAACACUGCCUCGGAAUAUGCAAAAUCCGUGUACACCAAGUACGAACCCACUGCAAAAGAGCUUUAUGCAAAGUAUGAGCCCAAGGCUGAACAAUGUGCCGUCUCGACUUGGCGUACACUCAAUAAGCUCCCCCUCUUCCCUCGAGUUACCUCGGUAGUCAUCCCGACGGCCGCAUAUUGUACGGAUAAGUAUAACCAGACGGUGGCUAUGGGUGCGGAAGGGUAUAAGGUGGCCUCGUAUUUGCCUCUGGUUCCUACUGAGAAGAUUGCCAAGGUCUUUGGUGAGCAGAAGACCGAAAUGGAACCAUUGGAGCCGGUGGCAUCCGCAAGUUGAUUUUGAUUUGAAUCCGUUUAUAUGCUUAUAUUUAUAAUCUGGAUUUCUUUUAUGCUUUACUAGCUGGCUUUUGUGAUUGGAUUCAACUGUGGAUUUUUAAGUUUCAUGUUUACGGCUUGGGUCAUUCGUACUGUGUCUUAUGUGUACUGUUUGGUAUGUAUCAUAUUUUAUAAGAACUUAUAAUAUAAUUAUGGUUUAA